CUAGCUCAACUAUUUAUUUUUUAUACGUGGUUCGUGGCCCGUUUAGCUUUUAAUUUAAAUGUUGUUUUAGCUAUUACUGCACCGAAAUGCAUGCAGAACUCAGCGAAAUGGAGUUGCGCAUAGUGGCGCGACUAAACGAGGAGAUCGGAAAGGAUGCCAGCCAGCUGCACCGGGCCAGUCACCUCGUUAGCCACUACAAAGAGCACCUCCAAAUUUUGUCCCAAACGCUUGACUACGAGGAUCCCCAGAACGUGUCCUGCUUCAAAACCGCCUUCCAAUGCCAGCAACAGGUUUGCGAGAGCAUCGACUUCGAGCUGGAAAAGCUGGCUCACUUCGAGGACAAGCUGAAAAGGAAGCUUAAGGAAUGCCAGCCCGUGCUUGAGGGAGUGGCGGAGGAUUUGGACAAGGUGCGACAACUGCAGCGUUUGCAACAGUAUCUGCUCCUGGUGCAGGACAUUCAGGAGAUAAGCGCUGCCCUGGGCAAUGCCAUCAAUGGCAAGGACGAGGACAAACUGGUUAAUAUCUACCUAACCCUCUACGAGGGCAACGACUGCGAGCACAGCGUAGUGGGUCGCCUGCAUGCUGUGCAGGCACAGUCGCUGAAAUCCUUUGCCGAACGCACUGCCAUCUACUGGCACAAGCUGCUCCUCAAGCGGCUGUCCAGCGAAUUCGAGGCUGUACUGAAGAGCAUGCGCUGGGCGCAUCUAGAACAGCAGGCCCUUAACUAUUCGUCCUCACGAGACACUGCCAAGGCGCAACUGCUAGCGGAGUACAUGUUCCUCAUCAAAUCUCCAGCCGAAGAGCGGGCGCCACUGCACAGCAUCACGCCCAGCAUCGUGUGCCAGCCCAUCAACCGGGUGGUGCAGCUCCUAUUGGCGCCGUAUCGCCAACGUUUCCAAUUUCACUUCACAGGCACCAGGCAAACCAAUAGAUUAGACAAGCCCGAGUGGUUCUACACGCAAAUUCUCAACUGGGGCAAGGAGACGCAUUUCUUUGUGGGCAAAACAUUUCAGCCAGCUGCCAUUAAAGCGGGUAAGCUGGACUACAAUCUCAGGCUGGAGUUUAUUCGAGGUCUGGUGCAGUUAGCCAUUGAAAAGUUGGCGGUGGACAUAGAACAGAUUGCCCAGGACGAGAUACUAUUUGCCCAUCUGCUUGAUGAGACGCUGGCCUUUGAAUCCGAGUUACGGGAAACAUUUGGGUAUCCGGCUAGUUUUCCCAGCGCGAUUUCUGUCAUCACUCAACCGAUGUAUUUGCUACGCUGGAUUUCACUGGAAGAACGAUUUUGUGCGGAAAAAAUGGAUGACAUUCUGCAGGCGGAGACACCAUUCCAGCUAAUCGAUCCCAACACAUUCGAGAACGAUUUGAAAAUCCCCAAGUGUGCGGAUCAGUUCAUGCGACUGCUGGACGCUAUUAAGGAUCGUUACUAUGGGCUGAUUCAACCGGGCCACCAGCUGCAGUUCCUGCACCUGCAACUGGAGCUGAUCGAUAGCUUCCGACAACGCCUGGUGCAACUGCACAGCAGCGGAGCGUUGCCAAGCAUUCCCAUACUGAAUGCCAUCAACUAUUUGGUAAUGGUGCUCCGUGAAUGGGGCGAAAACGUGCACUAUCUGCACCUGCAUGCGGCACUUGCCGGUCCAAAUGCCACGGAGAUUAAUUCAGUGUUCGAGCAUGCCGUCGCUGAGUUGGAGCACUGGGCCAGACAACUAAUGCGGAAUCUGGCCACCAAGGCAACCAAUGAGAUGAAAGCGAAAUCGAUGAGCUAUCGCCGUGAUGCGUGGCCAACUAUGCCCGAACAAAACAGCCGGGAGCCGUUCAUCCUUUCGCCCAGUGGUGGCGAAAUGUUCCAGGUGCUGGUCACGCUGCUACACAAUCUGGAACGGGAACUCUCCGCCAAUCUGUUCGCCCAAACGCUCCGUUUGAUAGCCCAUCAAAUCGAUGACUUCAUGCUCGAGAGCAUGGUCAUGAACACGAAGUUCUCAGCUGCGGGAGCAGCGCAAUUCAAUUAUGACAUGACACGCAAUUUAUUCGCGCUCUUUGGACAGUAUACACGUCGUCCCGAGCUGCUCUUCAAGCGAACACACGACGCCUGCAAGCUGCUGGCGGCGGCACGAGGAACAGCUUUGUUGCUGCUGGAAGCGCUGCGUGGUAAUCAAUCGGUGGAGGAGAAGACGAAGCCGCUGAGGGAACUGCAUGUGCUCAGCAUGGACAGCAAGCAGUGCAUUGAGGUUCUGGAGCGGAGGACGGACAUAAAGAUGUUUUAGGCGAUGGAAAUUAAUUUAAGCUAGUUAAUUGGGCCUUAGGAACUUUUGAAACGAUAUACAACGUUCAGACACCGUUUUUUUGCAAAAUAAAAUCAUUAACACCCAAAAUGAAAGUUAAA